GAAGAAGAUAGCACCAGCAGCUUCUAACCAGACCUCCAGCUGAGCCGUGGGAACCUUCAGGGUUUUAAAAGCAAACACAGAGGAAGUCAGACCAAGACCAGAGAUCCAAACCAGCAUGUUUCCAACAUCAAGAAGCAUCAAUAUGACGGCCGUCAGUUGUGUCGUUGUGGUAGUGAUGAUGAUGAUGGUGAGGAGCACGGAGGCGGCUUCGGUGCACCAUAGCAAGCACUCCAAUGGCUUUCCAGAUCAAACCAUCCCUUUGCAUCUGGACCCCAAGGCUUUAGUACCCAGCAGGAACAUCCGACCACUGGAGAACAUCUCCAUCUCACCGUGGACGUACAAUAUGUCAAGAGAUGAGUCUCUGUUCCCACCGACAAUUUCAGAGGCUCAGUGUUUGCUGCAUGGAUGCCUGGACCUGGAGGGGAAGGAAGACCUGAACCUGAGGUCCAGACCCAUUAUGUUCCAGGCUCUGGUGCUGCGGCGGGUCAAGUCGGCGGGAACGGAGCAGAACUACCAUUACCGCCUGGAGACUCGGCUGAUUCCGGUUGGCUGCACCUGUGUCCGACAUGUGGUCCACAUCCAGGAGUGAAGCCCUGCAACAAAAAUGACCCCCAAACCGUAGCAAUCGAUUUCAGCAUUGAUCAGAAAUGUAAUGAAGGUUUCAUGAUGAGUCCGGUCGGUAGAGUUGCUUCAUGUCGCUCUCACAACCGCCUUCUGUUUAUUUCUGUUUUUGUGUUUAGAGAAACUACACCACUAAAUUAAUCACCAGAAGGCUUUUUGUGUUUUAUUUAUGCUUAUUUAAGUUUUAUUUAAGUGUUUAAUGAUCUUCAGCAGCUAUUUAUUUUAUGUAUGUGGGUCUAUUUAUUGUCUAAAUGUGCCGAGUCA